ACAAUCCCAACUUCUCUCAACUUUCAACCCCGGCCAAGUCUCUAACAUUUGAGGAGAGUGGUCAACUCUCUUCAUCAUGUCCUUCUUCUCUUCCCUUUUCAUCUUCCUCUUUUGCCUUUCCAUUCACCUAUGCAGUGCUCGCCAUUUCGGGGUACUCUUUCACAAGGGUUCUGCUACACAAAUCCCUUUUUCGAGCAAGGGUUCAGUUGAAGAAGGGAAAACAGAUGGUGAUAGCAUUGUUGGAAAGAAUCAUGGUGGUGCAAUCACCCUCACCCAGAAGGCAAAGGAAUCAGAGGCUGCUGUUAAGGAAGUGAAGUAUGUUGGCAAAGGAAGUGAGAUUCUUGGGUUUUCUUGUCACCUGGAUUUGCUAAAGACAGCAAAAAUAGAGGGAUCAAGAAGGCAACCGAGAUCAAUGCUAGAAUAUGCCUCUGACGUCAAAGAUGAAACCAUAGAUUCCAACAAUAAUGAUUCACAGGAUGCGAAAGUGAUGGAUUAUGAGCCACCCCAUGGGACUCCUCCAAUCCACAACAAACAAACCUAGUCACCCUUUUUACUUUGUGGUUGUUCUAGUAUAAGGUUUAAAGGACCAGUACUUAUAGAAUAUGAAUGGAAGACAGACAUGGAUGGAUACUAUAUAUGUGGAGUCUCUGUGGCUCAAAUGUUGUAUUGGUUUCUGCUUAAAUAGAGGUGUGUUGGGGCA